AGACGCUACAAUUAUUCUUUCAGAAGCGCUGCCUACAUUUUCCAUCGUUGUUACGUGCUGUCAGUUCAUGUGUGCUUUGUAAGUAGAAACCUGUAAUUGCAGAAUGCAGAGCCGAGUACAGCGUGCUUUCAGCAGUCAGCUCUGCCUGCUGCAAUCGUAAACAUAACCUACCGUCUUUAAUCUAAACAUAAACUUGUUUUCGAAUUCCUGUCAGUGCAACCUAGUUUGUUGGUUAUUUUCUAAUCUAACAUAAUAAAAAAUAUUAAAGUUGUGUAAAAAAGAGAUAAACAACAUUCGAAAUGUCGUUGUACGACGAUUUUGAUAAACCUGCUCGUACAACAGAUAAAGUAGCCGGUUGGUCAUCAGGAAUAAAGCUUCUUCAGUCUCAACUCCAAUUAAAAAAAGCUGCAACACCACACGCAAGACGUGAACAAAUUAAAAAAACUUCAGUGGUUUUGGCACCAGUGAUCGAUUUGAAAUCGAAAAAUCAAAGUCGAGAACACGACAAAGAUGAAGACAGUAAGUUUACGUUUCCUGGCAUUACUGGUGCAAGUCUCAUCGGUGAAUAUGAUUGGAAUGUUGUGAACGAGUAUGAUCCAUCCUGGCCAAAUGAUUACGAGAAAGUCGUCAAAGAGUUGAGGGAAAUCAAAGAGCGAGAGCAAGAACAGCAUGAGACUGAAGUAAGAAGUAAACGCAGAAGAGAGAGCAGAUUUGAGCAGCCAGAAAAUAAUCAAUUAGCUAGUAUAGCUAUGAGUGCAAAUGAAGAAGAAAGGCCAGAGAGGCCUGAACGUAGGUCUGGACAGAGUGCAGGUGCAGCUAUAGCUCCACCAGCUUCGCUACAAGAAACAGCUGAACCGGUACUUCCUCCACCUCCUCCACCAUCUUCAUCUGGUAGAAAUACAUUAAAUCAAGGAUAUACCACAUCAUCCGUAGCUGCUAAAAUUAUGGCCAAAUAUGGUUUUAAGGAAGGUCAAGGUUUAGGUAAAAAAGAACAAGGUAUAUCUUUAGCCUUGCAAGUUGAAAAGACCAGUAAAAGAGGUGGCAGGAUUAUCAGUGACAAAGAGCAACUUAUGGCUCCAACAAUGGCUCCAAUGCCAUCUCCACCAUCUAUGUCUCAAGCUCAAAAUUCACCAGACGAACCAAGUAUUACAGAGAUCAUGAAAAGUCCCAGUAAAGUAGUUUUACUUAGAAAUAUGGUUGGUCCUGGUGAAGUUGAUGAUGAUUUGGAACCAGAAGUCAAGGAUGAAUGCAAUACUAAGUAUGGCGACGUGACUCGGGUAGUAAUAUAUGAAGUACCAGAAGCUCCAGCAGAAGAAGCAGUACGCAUAUUUGUAGAAUUCAAAAGAAUCGAAAGUGCUAUCAAAGCAGUUGUAGAUUUGAAUGGAAGAUUUUUUGGAGGACGACAAGUCAAAGCAGGAUUUUAUUCAAUUGAAAAGCUAAAUAAUUAUCAAUUACUAGAUUAGGAAAGUCCUUAUUUUUAUUGCGUGAAUGUUGUUAUACUGCUCGAUUAUGUAAAUUAUUUUCUGAAUGAUUGUUUGAUUGUACUUAUACUCAUACUAAGUAAUAUGUUUAGAAUUGAUGACAAAUAAAUUAUUGUAAAUAAAUUCCUUA